AUGCUCAAGAAGACAUUAACUUUCAAACUCUUACAGGCCCUUGUAAGCAUAGAUAAAGACCAGACUUAUGAAGACUUCUGCACACAGCUUCAGAUAUUGAAUGGCCAUCUUAUCAAGCUCAAGACUAUACAGAACAGUGGCAGAAGACAUUACACCUCAGCGAUUCAUACACCUGCGCUGAAGAACAGCAAUGAUGCAGAUGUCAUGAACCUGACACAGAUCUCUGUCAACGCGUACGAAAUACUCUGA